AUGCAAAGAAUAGUACCAGUUACAUUUUAUGCCGGUUAUUGGACAAGUCCAUUCAUUCUAUUGACUGCAAUAACUUUUACUCUAGCUAAAAGUAAAGUUGAUGGAAAAUUUUAUAAGUUAGCCAUCUUUUCUAGUAUAUUUACACUGAUUGUAUGCAUUCUAGGCAUACUUUUUUCAUUAAUUUCAAUUUAUUGGAUUUUAGACAUUACAAAUGGAUACGCAUAUUAUGAAUAUCGUGAAGAGAUGAUUGUACAAUGUUCACUUAUCACUCUAGCUGGUAUAUUAGCUUUAAUUAAUCUUUUUAUCAUUACAUGUUGUUCUUGUUGUGGUUGUUUUCCUGAUACUUCAACAACAAUUUCUACACUGAAUAAUUCCAGUGGUGAAAAUGCGCCUCAUUUAAAAAGCUCUGAAGUCAAUAAUCAGCGGCCUUUACAAAUUCAAAAUAAUAACAAUAAUAAUAAUGUUAAUCAAUAUCCAGAGUUAAAUAAUCCUCCAGCGGGAAAUCCAAGAAUUAAUCAAAAACAAGAUUUAAAUUAUAUCCAACCACUUGGUUAUCCUCCGCCAUACACAUAA